AUGCUGCGCAAGGGAAUCACAGAGAGCUUCGGAGCGGCCGUCCAUGCCUUCAGCCCGGGUCAGCUGACCGAGCGGGUGAUAGACCGCAGCAAGAGGAUGAUGCUGGACACGCUGGGGGUCGGGCUGCUGGGGUCCACCACGGCGGUCUUCAACACGGCUCUCCAGUACAGCCAGAGCUUCCAGUCUCGAGAGAAGAGCAGCGUGUGGGGGAGAGAGGCCUUCAUCCCGCCGCACUUCGCUGCUUUUGUCAACGCCAUCGGGGUUCACUCCAUGGACUUCGAUGACACGUGGCACCCGGCGACUCACCCGUCGGGAGCCGUCCUGCCGGCACUGCUGGCCCUGGCCGAGACCCUCCCCAGACAGCCAUCCGGUCUGGACCUGCUGCUGGCCUUCAACGUGGGGAUUGAGGUGCAGGGGCGGCUCAUGAGGUUCUCCCAGGAGGCCUACGACAUCCCACGGAGGUUCCACCCUCCGAGCGUGGUCGGCGUGAUGGGCAGCGCCGCAGCCUCAGCCAAGCUCCUCGGCCUGGGUCCGGCCCAGUGCAGCCACGCCCUGGCGGUGGCGGCCUCGUCCGCUGGAGCCCCUUUAGCUAACGCCGCCACACAAACCAAACCGCUGCACAUCGGCAACGCGGCCCGCAGGGGACUAGAAGCAGCUCAGCUGGCUCAGAUGGGCCUGCAGGGAAAUCCCGCCAUCCUGGAAACGGACGGAGGAUUUGGCGUUUACUACAAAGAAUUCCGCCCGUCAGAGGUCCCGGCACCCGGCAGCGGCGGGUUCAGGUGGAUCCUGGAAGACCAGGACGUCGCCAUCAAGCGCAUACCGGCUCACUUGGGGAUGCACUGGGUGGUGGAUGCCGCUUUGGCUGCCCGGGCUAAACUGGAGAGCACGGUCGGUGGCUUCGACGUGAACCGCAUUAGGAGCGUCACACUCCGCGUCCCGGCCUCCAAGUACAUCAACAACCCUUUCCCCGUCACAGAGCACCAAGCCAGACACUCCUUUCAGUUCAACGCCUGCUCAGCGCUGCUGGACCGAAACGUGCAAGUGGCUUCCUUCCAAGCUCCUCAGCUCGAGCGUCCGGCUCUGAGAGAGCUGCUCUCCAAGGUGAAGGUGGAGACGCCCACAGACAACAUUCCCAACUUCGAGAAGAUGUACUGCGAGGUCCAGCUGGAAGUGGACCAGGGCCCAACGGUCGCCGCCAGGUGCAACACCUUCUACGGCCACUGGAGGAAGCCGCUGCGCCAGAAGGACCUGCUGGAGAAGUUCAUCUCCAACGCCUCCAGGGUCCUGUGCAUGGAGGGAGUGGAGGGCGUCAUCGACGUCAUCGGGAACAUCGAGGAGGAAAAGGACUGCGCCGUGCUGGGAUCCUAUCUCAGAAUGACGAGCCAACACCGCGAGAAGAUGAUCAGCCAGGUUUAUAUUUAG